AUGGACUGCAGUCUAGAUUCCCAAGAAGAAAGCCAUCAAAGAAGGGAGAAUGGUGAAGAAGCAGAAAAGACGGCUGACUAUGGAAAUGCUUUGAGUCGUAAGGAGGCAACAGAAGAGCUUCUUGGUUGUGUAGUUCAUAGUGAGGAAGAGGCAUACAGGCUGUACUGUGAUUAUGGGCAUCGAAUCGGUUUCAGUGUGCGGAAGGGCAAACAGUCUUACUUUAUUGGUACCAAGAAUAUUCGAACAAAGGAUUACUACUGCUCAAAGGAAGGGCUUAAAUAUGAUGAGCCUGUUACAGAAGCAAAUUUUAAUCGACCAGACACAAGAACUAAUUGCAAAGCAAUGAUCCGCUUUAGAGUUGAUGAGAAGGGGCGAUGGACAGUUAUACGCUUUGUUCCUGUACAUAAUCACCAGUUGGCGAAACCUGGAGAAAGGCACAUGCUGAGAUCAGCCAAAUCGCUUGCUGUUGGCAAAUCAGGUGUUAUAGAUCCAUCAGCAUCUACAGAGUCACAUCCAAUUAAUGGUUUCUCUGAUAUGACAGGUGAUGUAGCUGAGAAUUCAGGGUAUACUAUAAGGGAAUGUUACAAUCAAGUGGGCAUGCAGAGUAUAACGGUAAUUGAGGCAGGGGAUAGCCAAAGUCUUGUCAGCUAUUUCAAGCGUAGAACUAAUGAAGAAGGCAUGUUCUAUUGGGAUGUCCAAGUUGAUCAAGAAGGGCGCAUGACUAACUUCUUCUACAGGGAUGGCUCACUAAAUACGUCUCAAGCAUUUCAAAGUAUGUUUACCAAGUGUAUGCAAGGAUCUGACUCAGAAGAGGAUUUUAAGGAAUCAUGGACUGCAAUGAUCCAGGAAUACAAGCUACAGGAUAAUAGCUGGUUGAUUGACCUUUAUACAUUCCAUCGUAAAUGGUGCUCAGCAUUUAACAAAGAUACAUUUGAUGGUGGAAUUAAUUCUUCUCAGUGGGGGGAGGUUUCAAGUAAUAUUCUCAAUGGAAUUUCUGAUGAAAAUACCUCUCUUACACGUUUUGCCCUUUUGCUAGAAAAGGUUGUCAAGGAUCUACGUAGAAAUGAAUCUGAAGAGGAUUUUCGCUGUAGCCAAACUGCUCCAGUCCGUGCAAUUAAGCAUAGCACAGUUCUGAAGCAAGCUGCAGAAUCAUAUACACAUAGGAUCUACAAAUUAUUUGAAGCAGAAUUUCUGGAUGGGUGUGGAGCAACUUCAUGCCACGAGACUUCGAGUGGUGGAAAUUUAUUGAGGUUUGGAAUUACAAUGCAGGGAAGGGGCUCAAAAGUAUGGGAUGUUGUUCUUGACACUUCCACCAUGGAGAUCAGUUGUGGUUGUAGAAAGUUUGAAAGGAUGGGUCUUCUUUGUUCGCAUGCCCUCAAAGUCAUCACCCUGCAGAAUGUGGACACAAUUCCAGAAAAGUAUGUUUUGAAACGCUGGACAAAAGAUGCCAGGAGAAGCAUGUAUACACUUGCUCAGGAUGAUUCAACCCAACAGGAAUGCACAGAGGCUGAACUUGCAUAUCGCAAUCGGGCAAUGCAGUAUGCAUAUAACCUAAUUAUAAAGAGCCAGGAAGUGGAAGAAUCAAGAAAAAUAUUCUGGGAUUCCCUUGAAACUGGAGAGAAGGCACUGGAAGUAUUCUUUGAAAUGAGAAACAUGCGCACUCAAGCAGCAAAGGAUGCUAAUAAGAACGAGAAAAAGAAGAAAAAAACAUCAAAAGGACCAAACCCAAAAAAACCAAAACAAGCCCCAGGAGUUUCCUCAACUGGUCUGGAGCUGAUAGUCCAAACUAAUGAGCAUCAAUUUCAAUCUUCACAAGAUGCUCAGGGUAAUGAAACCAUUGGAAGACCAUAUUACUAUCAGGUUCAGCAGACUUUUCCAAAUGCCCCUAUCCAACCAAAUCAGAUGUACAUGCAUCCAAAUAUGCACACAGUGCCCCUUUGCACACCGCAGUUGAGGAAGUCACCAUAUACAUGGCCACAAAGGAUCUGUCUGCAUUUGCAAUACGCCCCAAUUCAACUUUUGGUGGUGCCAAGAACGUCUGAACUUCUGAAGGAUAUUAAGGUCCAGGUUCCUCAGGAUGUCAUUGGAAAACCUUAUUCAGGGAUUGUGAGUUGUGACUAUCAACUCCGCUUUGAGCUCUGUCGACCCAUUUAUGUAGGCCUGGCGGCACUUCUUCAUGUUUGGUUUGGUUCAGGGGCUCUUUCUUCUGAUCUUAGGGAAGCAGCUAUUCUGGCUGUUGCAGUGCAGCCCCUUAUCCAGAUAGCAGUGGCUUGCUAUUAA